AUGGCUCCCACUGCACCCGCACACGAUUACUACGUUACCUUAGAGGUGCCACCAACCGCACCUCAUGACGAGAUCAAGGCAUCGUAUCGCCGUCUCGCACGAUUGCAUCAUCCGGACAAAAACAUCGGAUGUCAACACGCGACUGCGAAGACCCAGCUUAUUAAUGCAGCAUGGGAGAUCCUAGGAGAUGUAGACAAGAGAGUCGAAUAUGAUCGAAGCCGACCACAGCCAAAGGCGCCAUCAUCUGGCAGUCGACCUGGUCCUCAACCUACGUCCACCCAACAACCGAGGUAUCAAGCAUCCCCUCGUCCCGACACAACAGCUCAAGACGAAGCACGUGCGCAAGCAGAAAGCGACAGAAAGCGACGAGAGUGGCUAGAAUUUGAGAGAUACCAGAUGGAGCAAAUCCGACGGUCUCGGAAUUUCGUCGAGCCCCUCGUAGCCGAAAUCGACCGCCUGAAUGCCAUAAUUGAUGAGGACCGAACAAGAUUAGCGAAUGAUGUUCCGUACGCCUGGAAUGUUUUUGCAUUCUUGAGCAAAAGACUGAGUGACCAAGAGAAGAGUGAGAUCAGAUUGGCCUCCAUCAACGCGGACAACGCUAUUCGGAUCAAGCAGAUACCCCUAAACAAAGCCACAGCACAACUGAAUCAGCUCUGUGACCAACUCGCACAGCGACGCGUUCAGGAGGAGAAACGUAUAGCGGCUGAGAAGGCUCACAAAGCGAAUAUGGAGCGGCUUGCAAGAGAGAGGGCCUACGAGGCACGACGCCAAGAGCAGGCAAGACAGCAGGCUGAGCGGAACAAGGCUGCCCAAGAAGCGGCAGAGAGGUUCCGACAACAGCAAGCGGAGCAAGCAAGAGAAUCUGCAGAGCGCGCGAGAAAGGAACGUGCGGCUUGGGAGGCAAUAUUGAAAGCCUGUCAAGAAGAAGAAGAAGCACAGGAAAGACUUAGAAAGCAAGAAGCAGACAAAGAGCGAACCAGAAGAUCCAAUGAACGUAACGCAAGUUUCGGUAACUGUGACCACAGGUGUUGGUGGAACAAAGUUGAAGGUUAUCACAUCUGUGCGCAUUGCACCCGACCACUAUUCAAGUUUGCAGAGCAAUGUCCCAGCUGCAACACUAUAGCCUGUGCGUCCUGCCGACACAUCUUGAAAACAGGAGGCGUUCCAUCUGCAUACAAGAACGAUGGACAUUGGAGUACGGAACAUGCGCGGCGUCGGAAUCGCAGGGGCUGA